CCUUCCACUGCCUGAUUCGUAUCAAAAUCCUUUGCUCCGCGUAGUUACGUGCGACCCCAUACCAUGUCCAACCUUCUCAGCGGUCGCUGUGUCUGCGACAAGGUCCAGUUCAUUGUAAAACUGGGCCCGUCAGACGAGCCCAGGACGACCCUAUGUCAUUGUUCCAGCUGCAAGAGGGCUUUCGGGACGAACUUUGGGCUUACCACUAAGAUUCCCCUGCAAGCCUUUAGCUACUCCUGUGGCGAGAUCAAGACGUUUAAGCAGGACAACGGUGUGACGCGGGAGUUCUGUGCGGAGUGUGGCACACACCUUUGCGAAUAUGGGGAGCGAGCCGCGGAUAAGUUCCGCUAUAUCCUUUGGGGAGUAUUCGAUCAAAGGGAAAAGGUUCCCCCGAAGGGCGAGUUCUUCUGCUCCCAGCGGGAGAACUGGAUGCCAGAAAUCCCAGGAACCUUUCGCAAGAACGAAAUCAUUGAAUAACGGGACUAUUUGUACAAAGCAUGGAACUUUGGGGCACUACAUCAAGCCACUGGAUUCUGGGUGGGAUCCAUUAGUCACACGUUGUGAACGGUCAGACGCGUUAUAGCAAGGCUUUUUCUUAACAGGAGCCUGUUGAACCCAAAUUCUCCUCCAACUAUUAAC